AUGGGAUCUCGAAUUUCUGGAACUGUCUCCGACUUUUGGAAAAGUUGGUCAAAGGCUUAUCUGAUCGAAUUAGCCAGCUUUUCUCGUGAAAGGAACAUCGUUCCACAAAUUGGAGAUUUGGCUUUUCUCGUUGAUAAUCAAAGAGAAAAAUCCCUUUGGCCAAUCGUUCAAGUCUCUAAACUGUUUAAAGAGGGACGUGAAGCAGAGGUUCUGGAUCUUAUAACCGGAAAAAAGUUUACAAGAUCCGUUCGUUCUCUCAUCCCGUUUGAGGGAAAAUAUUGUGAAUUCUAAAUCCAAUUAAUUGAUUUAACAACAAUCGCUCUUGAUUUAUUUAAAUCAAAAGCUACUUUUAUGUAUUUCUUUUAACCCAGAAUUAUUUUAAUAUUAAAGUUAUAUUGUUUCUU